AUGGCUCCAAACUCCCCCCCCCAUAAUGUCACCACAGGAGAUGGACCCUCCCUGGGAACAGAACCUCACACUCCUAUCCACGAAUCUCUGAGCCCAGGGCCAGGCUCCUUUCCUGCCUUAAGAGGUGAUGCUGGUGUGGUGCCAGCCACACAUGCCCAAGGCCAUGAAGGACCAGGAAGCACAGGAGCACUGAUGAGGAGCCCCCUGACCUCUGUGUCUACUGUUAUUCCCACAGCAGCAGGGAGCUUCAACUCGAAGACCUUCACCAUCAACUUCACCAUCACCAACAUGUUUUACAAAACCAAGAUGGGUCAAAGGGGUUCCAGCACAUUCCGUGUUGCUGAAUUUGUCCUGCAGCACCUGUUCAAGGUAUUGUUUGAAAGAAGCAGCCUUGGCUCUCAGUUUUCUGGAUGCAGUGUGACCUUGCUGAGGUCUAUGAAUAAUGGGAAAGCAACAGGAGUGGAGGUUAUAUGUUCUUAUCAGGAAUUUUUCUCCAUCCCUGUCUUGGACAAGAAGAAGAUUUACCAAGAGCUGAGUCAACAGACUAAUGGAAUAACAAGGCUCGGAGGUUAUAUUCUAGAUGAGGAAAGCCUGUAUGUGGAUGGGUAUAACCCCCAGAUGCCAACUCCCUCCACAAACACUGGUGAUGCUGUGGUGGGGCCAGUCACACCAGCCCAAGGUCAUGGAGCACCAAGACUCACAGUAGCACUGAUAAGGAGUCCCCUGACUCCUGUGUCUACUAUUAUUCCCACAGCAAGUGGGAGACCAAGACUGGAAACUUUUACUAUGAAUUUCACCAUAAACAACACUCUGUACACAGAAGAUAUGGAACAGCCAUACUCAGAGAAAUUCAGCUCUACAGAGAGAAUCCUCCAUCACCUACUCAGAGGCUUGUUCAAGAACAGUAGCCUGGCUUCUAGCUAUACUAGGCCUGUGAAGGAUGGGGAAGCCACUGGAGUGGAUGUUGUGUGUGCCCAUUAUAAAGACCCCAGCAGGCCUGUCCUGUACCACGUGAAGGUUUACUUGGAGCUGAGCAACCAGACCUAUGGCAUCAUCAGGCUCGGCCCCUACACCCUGAACAGCGACAGCCUCUUCCUCAUUGGUUAUAAUGAUAAACAUUCUGGGACCAUAAGCAGGCCCAGUAGAGCAAGCGAGGGCAGAAUGAUGACCACAGCUGGAGAAUCACAGACCAUAAUCAUUACAAUUUCCAGCCCUGCAGUAAGAACACACUCUGUUCUGGCAACAACAGCAGCCCCGACCACUGCCUGUGCUAUUGACUUGGAAAAAAUCACUGUGCCUGCUUCCUCUGCCUUGCCAGAGCUCAUGGUAGCACCAUUUGCCUGGUCUGGAGUGGCGACCAGCCCAUCUGAAACUACGCUCAUUGCCGAAAUCUGUACCCCACUUGGGGCUGGGACAGGAGGAGGGAGCCCCAUAGGUGUCCCUUCACACCUCACUAGUCUUGACACGACAACAUCAACCACAGUCUUUCCCUGCACCAAUGUGCCCCCAGCACAGUCUACAAUGUGCUCUACAAUCAGCCUACAAUCAGCCACAACUCUUUGCCGUGUCAGUAGAGAAGAACGAAAGCCAAAGACCUCUCUGGACACAUCUGCUUCAGAGACCACAGCCAUGGCUACUGCAAGGGUAUGGCUGGCCCUGACCAAGACUCCAACCACAAUGGACAUCAGCAGAGGAGCUGAGGCUGUGGUUCUGUCCACAAGUGAUUUGCCCACCAGCUCAGCUGUCCCACUCAUUCCCACAGAUAAAGUAUCCACCCAGACCACCAUGACCACUAUUGCACACACUGCAGCAGGGAGCUCCUACUCCAAGACAUUCACCCUCAACUUUACCAUCACCAACAUGUUUUAUACACCAGACAUGGGUGAAAGGGGCUCCAACACAUUUAAGGCUGCUGAGAAUGUCCUGCAAGUUCUGCUGAAGUUCUUAUUUGGAAUGAGCAACCUUGGCUCUCACUAUUCUGCAUGCAGUGUGAACUUGCUGAGGUCUCUGAAGAAUGGGACAGCAACAGGAGUGGAUGUCCUGUGUACUUUUCAGGAAGAUUCCUCCAACCCUGUCCUGAACAAAGAGAAGGUUUACUGGGAGCUAACUGAACAGAUUCAAAGAAGAAGGCUAAAACAUGUGCUUAUAGAGAGGGACAGCCUCUUUGUGGAUGGGUAUCAUCAUAAGCAACCAGGCAUCAUAUCCACAAAGAAGAGUGAGAUUGCUGUAGGACCUGUCACCCAUAUCCCAGACCAUGGAGCACCAGGAGACAUGACAUCAGUGACUAGCAGCCUCUAUGAAUCCACAGUAGGUGCCAUUGCAGCAGGGAGCUCCUACUCCAAGACAUUCACCCUCAACUUUACCAUCACCAACAUGUUUUAUACACCAGACAUGGGUGAAAGGGGCUCCAACACAUUUAAGGCUGCUGAGAAUGUCCUGCAAGUUCUGCUGAAGUUCUUAUUUGGAAUGAGCAACCUUGGCUCUCACUAUUCUGCAUGCAGUGUGAACUUGCUGAGGUCUCUGAAGAAUGGGACAGCAACAGGAGUGGGUGUCCUGUGUACUUUUCAGGGAGAUUCCUCCAACCCUGUCCUGAACAAAGAGAAGGUUUACUGGGAGCUAACUGAACAGAUUCAAAGAAGAAGGCUAAAACAUGUGCUUAUAGAGAGGGACAGCCUCUUUGUGGAUGGGUAUCACCAUAAGCAACCAGGCAUCAUAUCCACAAAGAAGAGUGAGAUUGCUGUAGGACCCGUCACCCUUAUCCCAGACUAUGGAGCACCAGGAGAUAUGACAUCAGUGACUAGUGGCCUCCUGACCUAUGAAUCCACAGUAGGUGCCAUUGACCUCUGAAGAAUCUGACAGUGACUGAAGUAGGUGUCAUCUGCCUCUAUCAGAGUGAUUCCACUGGUCCCUUCC